AUGCCGCUCUUCAGCGCAUCUCUCAUCUCGCCCGAAGUCGUCUCACAGCUCCCCGAAGGCUACACAAUCCGGCCGCUGCAGCGCGGCGACUACGCAAAAGGCUUCCUCGACGUGCUGCGCGUGCUGACCACUGUCGGCGACGUCACAGAAGAGCAAUGGAACCAGCGCUACGAAUGGCUCACCCAGCACAACGACCAAUACUUCCUCCUCUCAAUACUCGACCCUUCCUCCCGCGUCGUCGGCACCGGCGCCCUCAUCGUCGAGCGCAAAUUCAUCCACAACCUGGGUCUCGUAGGCCAUAUUGAGGAUAUUGCCGUCGCGAAAGACCAGCAGGGCAAGAAGCUCGGUCUGCGCAUCAUCCAGGCACUCGAUUACGUUGCUGACAAAGUCGGAUGUUACAAGAGCAUUUUGGAUUGUUCUGAGGCGAAUGAGGGAUUCUAUGUUAAGUGUGGAUUCAGGAGGGCGGGGCUCGAGAUGGCGCAUUAUUAUGGGGAAAGCAAGCCCAAAGGCGGCGCGGCAAAGGGGCAGUAG